AUGGCGUCGUACUUUAUGCCAUCGUUCUUCCAGAAGCGGCUCCUCAAAUACGCCUUGUCCCGCUUGGGCCUGGUCGACACAGAGGCUUUGGAUCCAGAUAACCUAGGCAUCUGCUGGGGACAACGGUCUACCAUCGAGUUGAGGGAUAUUGGCCUCAAAUUAGAGAAACUAUCCACCCUACUCAAUCUUCCUCCAUCGUGCGAGCUGGUCAGCGCCCGAGUUCAGCUCCUUCGAAUCACCCUUCCUGCCGAUUUCCACAACAGCGGGAUCCUGUGUGAGGCAAACGGCAUCGACGUACAUAUUCGGUUAUCGUCAGAGGAGUCGAAAAAGGAACAUCACGCAAAAAGGAAAGGCGAAAAAUAUGACUAUUCGGCGGUGCCCACACCGUCUGGUCUUGCGGAGUCAUUCCUUGAGUCCGAGCCAAAGGAGGAAAGAGAAGAGCUGCAGGCUGCAAUAUCGUCACAGUCGCAGGUCCUGCCUCACGACCCAUUAGCCUGGUCCACCGAUGACGAUAACGAGCUCGGCCUUGGGAGUGAGACUCUAUCACUGCCGAGCUUUGUGGCGGGUUUCUUGAAAGGCGUUGUGGAUCGCCUCCAACUCAAGGUAAAAGAUGCAGUUGUGCGAGUGGACAUGGAGUUGAAGCAAGAUGGAACGUUAAAACGGCAACCUGAACAUAAGCCGGACCUUGUAGCAGGGUUCUUGAGCGUCGGGGAAAUUGAUGUACACGGGGUAUCUGAGAAAACCGUUGGCCCGGAGGGCCUUCCUUUCCGAGAAGGGAAGCGGCUCAUCUCAAUCGCUGAUAUCAAUUUUGGUUUGGUUUCGGACCCAUCGGUGUUCUCAAACUACUCUCGUUUCGCUGCUCCUGUAUCGCCGACGACGACUAUGCGGUCAAAAGGGAGCCAGCCGUCAAGCAGAGCGCCAUCACCCUCUCCAUUGGAUCGCUCUGACGAACCCCUUGCUAUGACCCAAUCAACUAUUUUCGAGCCGCCACGAACUUUUGGCCAUUCGAGUACCAUCACAGACAGGUUAGAGGCAUCUGCAUUUUCCGAUGGUCGAUUCUCAGACGCCGACUCUGAGUCAGGUAGUCACCGUGGUGGAUACCUGGAGGAUUCUCAAAUAUUUGGAGAUGACCCCUUCCAAGACAACCCGGGGUACCUAGACUCGGUCAUUGACAAUCAAUUCGAUGAUUUUGAUGAUGAGCAGUCACCGGUAAUACAUCCCGAAGACCGACAGGCCGAGCGUGAAUGGAGAAACCACUUGCCUCAUGGCCCACGAAGCUUGCAUCAGAGCCAACAGGUCGGAUCCUCUGACGAGCCCUUGAUCCCCUCUCACAGCUAUCAUAUAUCCCAAACUUACGACACACAUCACAGCCAAAUCGGCUCUGAAAUUGACGAAAUAACGCAACCCACACAUCAUUACAAUGAUUACGGAAAUGAACAUAACGAAAAAUCACAAUUAAGCGUAUCAUCCAAUCCUCCCAGUACAUCUCCUCCACGCUCAGAGCCCGAGAGCACGGGCUCACGACAAGAAAGCCCAACUGUUGAUCUCAACGAGUCCAAGCUUUUCUCCCACUAUGAAGCGCAAAGCCUCUACAUGAGCGCUACCAGCCAGGGUGGGGGUGGGAGCUUCAUGCCACAAAUGCCAGGUGGCUGGGGCUCGUUUGAUACUGCAUCAAACUCUCCGGGUGCUCUUGAUGACCGAUCUAAAAUCAUCACACCUAUUGAUCCCGCGCACUCUGCCCAUGUCCAAGGUGAAGCGGAUUCAAGAUGCACAGCCCCAUCAGAAGACAAUGUCACUGAGAAGCAUGAUUUGGAUGACCAAGCCCAAUCUCAGACAUUGCACAAGGACAGACCCUCGACUCCAUCAUCUCCUGGAUUGCACAGAAUCAAUGAAAUGAGAAAAUCGGUGCUUACUGUUGACAGAAUUUUGCUGUGGUUCUCACCUGCUACUUCUUCUGAAGAAGUGUUAGCCGAACCAUCGCCUGUAUUACAAAAAGAGAACGCAGGCAGUGACCUAAACGAGUCCACAGCUAGCUUUGGGGACUACGCACCCGAAGAAAGUCUACUUGCCUCCAGAGCUUACAAGUCUACAAGGUUCGGAAGGGACUUUGAUGAGACACGGGCCCAGUCAAGCGCUGGGUCUGAACUGCCUGAAAUUGCCAUGGAGGUGUUCUCUGUCUCCGUGCAUUUCGAUAUUGCAACUGGUUGGCUUCUAACCAAGAUAGUACAAAAGUUGUCUCACGCUCUCGGUACGGCUGAAAAAGAUCCGUCUGAGCAGCAGCCGCGAAAGGACCAGCCUGCGCGCACACCACCUGUUCAUCUUGUCGUCCAUGCACUUUCAAUAAAAUUCAUCGAACGUGUUUCGGGGCAUGUAUAUUCGUCUCACAAUAAUGGCUCGCCUUUGUCUCCUUCCUACAGCAUGGAAGAUGUGAUCCUUCGUCUUACUCUAUCUGGUUUGGAUGCUCGCCUUUCAGCUCAAAGUACAACUUCCAAGCUGAAUCUUGACGUAUCCAAGUUUGCAUUCGGGUUCGCCUCAGAGGAUAUCAUAUUCUUUGAUGAAAGAUUGAAAAUGCGCGAAUCUACGCGUGAUGUUUUAUCCCCUUCCCAAGGAGAUAUUUCGAUCUCCUUGGCCAAAUCGACAGAUGUAGCAAAGGUUGACAUCUCCACGCUACCUCUCCAUAUCAAUCUCAAUAUACAGCGCCUAGAAGAGGUCCUAGGCUGGAUGGGUGGCCUGAGCACCAUUCUCGAACUUGGUAGUUCCAUGUCGUCAGUGUCGACAGUCAAAGGCUCCGCGCCACUUCCCAAACAGCGCCCCCGUGGUGUGCAUUUUGAGACACCUGCCCCAGCUGUUGACACGACCAAGGGCACGUCAGCCUUAUGGAAAGUGAACGCCCGGGUUGGUGCCACCCUGUUGGAUGUUACUGGUGAGACCCACUGUCUUCAACUUACCACCACCGCCGUCAAAAUCGUCAGCAGGUUUGAAGGGAUUGGUAUCCAAAUAGACAAGGCCAAAAUGAUUGGACCACUUUCAAUUGAUGACGUAUCAUCUGAUACUCCCGCCAAAGUCACCCUGAACAAUAUCCGCCUUGAAUUCCUUUUUGCCCCGAAGGAGGUUGAUCUGGAUCGUCUUCUGACAUUGAUUACUCCGUCCCAGGACAAAUUUGAAGUGGAAGAUGACAUCAUGCUAGACACACUGUUGCGCCAGCGACGACAAGGAUCUGUUCUUCGCGUGACAGUGGGGCGCUUGGAAACGUUCAUCUCAGAUACCGGUGGGUUGGAGCCUCUCUCAUCUCUUGCUGUCGAGCUGAGUCGGCUUUCCAAUGUCACAAAGUAUUUGCCGGAAGAUGAUCGCCCUGGUAUUCUUACUUUGGUACUGGUCCGUGACUUCCAAGGACACCUCCACGUUGGUGGAGAAGUUGGGGACAUCGAAAUUCGACUUUCCAGUGUUGAAGUUGCACACAUCACCAUGCCUUCGCUCACUGCGGCCCAAAUCGGAACCAUGACCGUUACUCGGAAUAACGACGAACAGCUGGUGGGGCAUGCCCUGUGGCCCCCGAACAAGUAUCAGGACCCAGACCCGUCCUAUCCGCCGGUCCUCAUGGCUCGUUUCAUACCCGACGAGAUGGAUCCUACUUACAAGGUCAAACUUCACAACCUCCUUGUCGAGUACACGGUACCAUCAGUGACAGCCUUCCUUGGAUCGAGUGGUGACAAGAUGAGUGGAGAUUUGGCUAGUAAUAUGGUCAACUCUAUCGCCAAUCUUGCAGAGCAGUCAAUGUCGUCACCUUCGAUGACAGGACGGCCGAUGUCGAAUGAAUCCAGCUCCUCGACAAAGCCGGUCAAAUUGUCAGUUGUGUUUAGAGAUUGUGUACUUGGCCUCAACCCUCGCAAUUCCCACGCAAAAGGCCUUGCAGUCCUCACCAAUGCCAAGUUCAGAGGAACUAUUCAUGAAGAUGAAUCUGCGGAAGCAUCAUUGGAUAUUAGGAAAGCCUCGCUCAUGAUCAUCGACGAUGUGUACCAUGAGGGUGCUUAUAAUCUGCACCAGCGGGGCUCGCUCGUUCCCCAAGACACCCAGGCUCAAGCGUAUAUCGAUAAAGGCUAUGUUCCUGUUUCUUCCAUCUCGUCAGCAACUGCUGGUAUCAAGCUUACCAGCGCUGAGGAUGGGACGAAGUCUUUGGACGUAGAGCUGAGAGAUGAGCUGUUGAUCCUCGAGACCUGCGCGGAUUCAACUCAAACGCUCAUUAGCAUCAUGAAUGGGCUUCAGCCUCCACCUCCACCAAACAUCAAUAUUAAAUAUCGAACAGAGGUUAUGCCCAUCCAAGAUAUGUUCGCCUCGUUCACUGGGGACGCAUUUGCGGCCGCUCCCCCUCUUCCCGGUGAUAAUGAUAUGGCAACUAUCUCCGAAGGAUCAUCCAGGGAAGAUCAGCUAACCGACGAACUUGAAUACGUCAGCGAUUUCUAUCCUGUGAAGGGCGGCCUUGGUGGUGUGGGCAUUGAAGCUAUAGAAGCGGACUCCAAUGAUCUGCUGGACAGCUUCCAUUCCCAAUAUCAAGUAUCUUCCAGUAUGACGGAAUUGGACUUCCAGGAGGACCAUUUUGCAAGGAAAUCAGCUGUGGGUGGAACAGCUCAUCGGUGGGACUCCACCCGGAACACCUACGGGUUCGCCAAUGACACGAAUCUCGAGCGGAGUCCUUUGCGUGUGCGUAUGCGAGACGUGCAUUUCAUCUGGAAUCUGUUUGAUGGAUAUGACUGGCAGCGCACCCGUGACACAAUAUCCAAAGCUGUCAAGGAUGUGGAAACCAAGGCCACAGAACGCCGUUCCAGGGGCUCACGGAUGUCACCUUCGGUAGAAGAUGAAGAGGAGUCUGUCAUUGGCGAUUUCCUCUUCAAUUCCAUUUACAUCGGUAUUCCAGCCAACAAGGAUCCGCGGGAACUCCACCGCGAGAUCAAUCAUGACAUUGAUGAUUUCACCAGCGAGACUGGGAGCUAUGCCACAACCACUACGGCUACUGGGGCUGGAAGUCGCCAGGGCCGGUCGACCUCUAAGAGGGAGAAGAAAUUGCGCUUGCAUCGGAGCAAACACCACAAAAUGACGUUUGAGUUGAAGGGUGUCUCUGCCGAUCUGAUUAUCUUCCCACCGGGCUCAGACGAGACUCAGAGUUCGUUGGAUGUGCGGGUCAAGGAUUUGGAGAUCUAUGACCAUGUCCCGACCUCGACAUGGAAGAAAUUCGCAACCUACAUGCGCGAGGCUGGCGAAAAAGAGAGCGGAACGAGCAUGGUUCACCUUGAGAUUCUGACUGUAAAGCCUGUGCCUGAGCUAGCUGCAUCUGAGAUCGUUCUCAAGGCCACUGUUCUACCCCUCCGGUUGCAUGUUGACCAAGAUGCUCUCGACUUCAUGAGUCGGUUCUUUGAGUUUAGAGAUGAGACGGCCGAACCAUCUGAUACCCCGGGCGAUGUUCCAUUUUUGCAGCGAGUAGAGAUAAACGCCGUGCAAGUCAAACUAGACUUCAAGCCUAAGCGGGUCGACUAUGCAGGACUCCGGUCCGGCCGCACAACUGAGUUCAUGAACUUCUUCGUCCUGGAUGGCGCCGACAUGGUACUACGACAUGUGAUCAUCUACGGAGUGUCUGGAUUCGACCGAAUGGGCCAAACUCUCAACGACAUAUGGAUGCCAGACGUCAAGCAGAACCAACUGCCCAGUGUGCUCGCUGGUCUCGCUCCGAUCCGUUCCCUAGUCAACGUCGGUGGCGGCGUGCGCGACCUGGUCGUCGUCCCAAUGCGCGAGUACAGAAAGGACGGCCGAAUCGUGCGCAGCAUCCAAAAGGGCGCGUUAGCCUUCGCCAAGACAACCUCUAACGAGCUGGUCAAACUCGGCGCAAAACUCGCCAUCGGCACACAAACCGUCCUCCAAGGUGCGGAGGACCUACUGACCACCCCCAACGCACCAGCAUUCGACGAAGAUCUCCUCGACGAAGACGAAGCCAAGAAGAUCUCACUGUACGCUGACCAGCCGGUUGGGGUGGUACAGGGACUGCGCGGGGCGUUCAGCGGCCUCGAGCGUGAUCUGCUCUUGGCUCGCGACGCGAUCGUCGCCGUACCCGGGGAGGUGGUCGAGAGUGGGAGUGCCAAGGCCGCCGCAAAGGCAGUCUGGAAGCGUGCGCCUACGGUCAUCCUCCGACCCGCCAUCGGGGUGUCCAAGGCUGUGGGACAGACUCUGCUUGGCGCGGGGAAUACCCUUGACCCGAGUAAUCGGCGCAAGAUGGAAGAUGUAAGUGAUUUCCGAGCAACCACCCUAUUUCGGUAUUUCGGUGGCUGUGACUGA